CGGGGGAAUGUAAACAAACAGCGUCUUGUUAAAAUUAUCAAUGAAAAAUAGAUGUCCCCCCCCCCCCCCGCCAAAUUUUACGUUUUCCCUGCUGUGUGUCAAAAUAACAAUUGGAUGGUUUGAAUUGAUGUGCAAUGACUGCAUAAUUAUCUGGGACUGAUUUUGAUUUCCCUCUCUUUGCCCGUCUACUUCAAUUUGCCACUUCUCAAGAUGAGGCACUUCUUCUAAAUAGUCAAGAUGAUGGAGAUCAGUUUAAAUCGUGUAGAUUAUAUUCAGGUUGGUGUAACUUCUCCAAAAUCUACUCGGCUUUUGCCACCUCAUGAAGAAAAAGGAUGCCAAAGAGUGGCUGUAGCCGAUCAUUAUGGCGUUGUUCAGUGUUUUGGAACAAAAAAAAGUGAAAUUCAGACGUUUUUCAAAACAUUACCUGGCCCCAAAGUUUUAAGACUGGAACUAGGAGGAGCUAUUGGCACUGUUAAAGAUAAGAUUUUUGUUGCUGCUGGUGGAGAAGUGAAAGGUUUUACUCGGAAAGGAAAACAAUUUCUUCGUUUUGAUACAAAUAUGACAGAAGCAAUCAAAUCAAUGCAUAUCAGUGGAAAUGAUCUUUUUGUCUGUGGAAACUUCAUUUUCAAUCAUUACUAUGAAUGCCAAGAUCAAAAUUAUUAUUUAUCCACUGAUCACAUCAAUGACAUUAUUUGUCUAGAUAUGGAUAAAGUAGGAACCAUUGUUCCAAUUCUUGCAUGCCAGGAUCGAGUUUUACGAGUUUUGAAAGAAUCAAGCUGCCUAUAUGAAGUGGAAGUUUCAGGACCACCAUCUUCAUUAUCUUUGUACCAAAAUGACGGAGGUGAAACUGGUGAAGAUCUUUUGUAUGGGACAAGUGAUGGUAAAGUUGGACUUGUUUCAGUUAAAAGAGCAUCUUGCACCCAUAAAUGGGAAAUCCCAAAUAAUAAGAAAAAUGGUGGUGUUCUUUGUUUGGAUAACUAUGAUAUUACUGAUGAUGGUAUCAAAGAUUUAAUAAUUGGUCGCAGUGAUGGUCUCAUUGAAGUUUAUGGUUACGAUGAAGCAGAAAAUCCAGCACCAAGAUUUACAUAUAAUUGUGGUGAAAGUGUUACAUCUGUUCAUGGUGGGAUGAUUGGAACUGCUGGUUAUGAUGAGUUAUUAAUUACAACUUAUACUGGGUGGAUCUUUGGAUUGUCUUCUGAACCUGCUGACAAACGAUUAGAUCCCAACUAUCUUCUUAUUUCUGAAGAUGCUGCUCAAAAAAUUUAUAAACUUAGGGAAGAGGUGGAAGAAUUGCAACUACAAGUGCAAAAAGAAAGGGAAAGUUAUCAGCUUGCUGCACAGUCAGAUAUUGGUGGGGUUUCUGCUGUUCCAUAUUUCAGCAUUAAUGAUAUGUUUCAACUUAGUCAUGAAGAUGCAUCAUACCUAUUGACUCUUGAAGUACAGACUGCUAUUGAUAAUGUUUUAAUACAAAGUGAUGUUCCUGUUGAUCUUUUGGAUAGUGAAAGAAAUUCAGCUGUUGUUAGUUACAGUUCUUGUGAUCCAGAGAGUGAUGGAAAUUUUUUGUUGGCAACAUAUCGUUGUCAAGCCAACACUACUCGCUUAGAGGUGAAAAUACGCUCGAUCGAAGGACAGUAUGGCUCACUACAAGCAUAUAUAACUCCAAGACUGCAGCCCAAAUGCUGUCAAAUUCGAAAAUAUCUUAUAAAGCCUUUGUCUUUGCAUUGUCGAACACAUACAUUUAAUGAAAACAAACCUCUGAAUACUUUAAUGCUAAGAGGAGCCUUUACUCUUGCUGAAAUUCAUUCUUGGAUUGUUUUCUGUAUGCCUGAAGUUCCAGAAAGAAUGCCACCUGGUGAAUGUGCAACAUUCUAUUUUAAGUCGACUUUUCUUGACACUGUAUUAUAUUGUUAUUACAAAAAAGGAGAAUCUAUCUUUAAGUCUGACAAUAUUUCUACAAUUUCAAUUCUGAAAGAUGUUUUAACUCGAGAAGCUACAAGGAAAAAAAUUAGCUUGGACAUUUCAUUUGAUAUCAAUGAAGAGAGUGUCCCCCAUAUGUUAAGAUUUAUUCAUCCUAAACUUGAAUACCAACUACUUUUGGCUAAGAAAGUUCAAGUGAUUGAUGCGCUUAAGGAUUUAAAAGUUCAUGAAAGUGAUUUAAGCUUUUUAGCUCCUGAAUAUCAAGAAAUUUUAGACCAUUCUGAGCAACUGCAAUUGGAAUAUAAAAGGCAACCCUGUCAUCUUGAAAGAUUGUUUGGAAUGAUUACUGACCUCUACAUAGAUGUCUAUAAAUUUAAAGGCAUGAAUGUCAAAUCCAAAGUUCCUGCUCUACUGCAAAUACUAAACAAUUAUGAUCUUGAGGCAUUAAUACUAUUUUUUCAAGCUAUAAAGUAAAUUAUUUUGCAAGUUUUUCCUUUCUAAAGGAAGUUGAGUGUUUGUACAUUCCACGUAGCUAAUUUGUAGAGUGCAAUUAGGUGCUGUGAGAUUUUAAUAAAAGUUCUCAAA